UUGGGAGGGACGUUCAGCAGCAGCUGGAAGCUAUUUGACCACGUGACUGAAUAGACGUUUCUAUCGCUGUUAGCAGCCAUCAUUUCACCCAAUACAAGCCUGUGCUAAAAAGACAUAGAGAGGAGAUAAUAGACUAGUCAUGGAUUUGCACGGGAAUACCGACUGAAAGGAACACUCGCUCCACUCCUUCGCCCAUGGUUUAUUUCCCGGUAUGUAUCAGUUGCAGAUGCAGCUUUUGGUCUCCCUUACAGUGUGAAUAACAGAAAACAAUUUAUGUGAGCCUAACUAACAGCUGCUUUGACUUGGUUUCCCAGCAACCACUGGCAAAAAAACAGCGGCCUUGACCUCCUUAUUGGUGGAGGGGCAUAGGUGAAGGAGUGGACCCUAACUGCCUUCUUUUUCUGUUAUUUACUUUUUGUAACGAGGGGGAAUAAGGUGCUAAUAAGACCACCCAGAGCAUGGGGCAGAAGGUUCCGGGAGGCAUAAAGACUGUGGACAUGCGGGACCCGGCGUUUCGGCCUCUCAAGCUAGAGCUGCAGGCCCUGGACUACAUUAAGCCCUCCCGCCUGGAUAUGUUGUUGGACAUGCCAUCAGCCUCACAGGAAGUCCAAGUUCAGCACUCGUGGAACAACGAUGACCGGUCGCUAAACAUCUUUGUUAAAGAGGACAAUAAACUCAUAUUUCACCGGCACCCUGUAGCGCAGAGUACAGAUGCUAUCCGGGGCCAAGUGGGAUACACACGGGGACUGCAUGUGUGGGAGAUCAGCUGGGCCAUGCGCCAGCGGGGCACCCAUGCAGUUGUUGGCGUUGCGACGGGUGAAGCCCCGCUGCAUUCUGUAGGAUACACUGCACUUGUAGGAAACAAUAGCGAGUCCUGGGGCUGGGACCUGGGACGUAACAAACUCCAUCACGAUGGCAAGAACCAGCCCAGUAGGACGUAUCCAGCUUUUCUUGAGCCUGAUGAAACCUUUAUCGUCCCAGACUCAUUUUUGGUGGUCCUGGACAUGGAUGAGGGGACUUUAAGUUUUAUCGUUGAUGGACAAUAUUUAGGGGUUGCUUUCAGAGGACUCAAAGGAAAGAAGCUAUACCCUGUAGUGAGUGCUGUGUGGGGACACUGUGAAAUCCGAAUCCGGUACAUCAAUGGACUUGAUCCUGAACCUUUGCCGUUAAUGGACCUCUGUAGGCGAUCGGUGCGGGUCGCAUUGGGAAGAGAGCGACUGAGUGAAAUCCAUGGACUGCCCUUACCUGCUUCUCUUAAGAACUACUUGCUCUACCAAUGAUGAUAGUAGUGCCUUCACUACCAUUCAAGGCAUAGUGUCCAUCUGUAUUUCUCUCUGGGAUUAAUCUUUCUGGCAAGCCUGUUUCAUUACAUCUUUGUUUGUUUUCGGUGCCAUUCUUGGUCACUGGGCAUGGUACCAACAAUAUUUUUUACAAAUCAGACUGAGGAUGUCUCUUGCUUGAUGCUUUCAGGAUCAAGUGUGGCAUGGUCUCUCGUUGCUUAACUCAUAUACUGGAAAUCCACCUUGAAGGCUUUCGCCAGAAUGUAAUGGCAGAUACGAAAACAAGAACCCUUCUCCUCUCCAAUCAUGGCUUAGUGAAACUUCAGCUGUUUAUCAAGGCCUUUUCCUUUUUUUUUUUUUUUUUUUUUUUUUUUUUUAACUCCAUCCGUUUUUUUUGUUUGCAUACCUUAGGCUUUCUUGUAUCAUGUCAUUAACAUAAGGGUCCAUAUAGUGACUCUCUGCAGGCAAUGCAAAAUACAUUACCUUCUCAAGACCUUUAGGCUUAACAACCAGCAAGUUUUUAUGUUGAUAGACAUUUUUAUACGUUUUUCAAUUGUUCUUACCCUUGCAGUCUGUAUAAUAAAGUAGCUGAGUCAACUUCAGAUCUGUGGCCAUGGUUAGCAAGUAGAUGACACUUAAGACGAUGUCUUCCCUUGCUCACUCUUGGCAGGUUAAAAAUAGCCUGGUUUUAGCUGCAAGUCUGACUGUCUGGCCUGGAAAAACAGUCAUUGACGUCUGUGAGGGGGGAGUUGAGAGACUAGCAUUCAUGGAAACAACCACGGCUAGUGUUAUGCUAGCUUUUUAAAGCACUCAACGAGUCUCUUGCCUCUAAUCACACUGCAAUAUCUGAAGUGCCUGGCUCAUGAUACUGGUAUAUUAAGAGAAAGCCAUGA